AUGCUUCUUUGGACCAUAAGUGAUUUCCCAGCAUAUGGAAAUCUUGCUGGUUGUAAAGUAAAGGGUAAGAUGGGUUGUCCUAUAUGUGGGAAGCACACAAAUAGUUUGUGGCUGAGUCAUAGUAGGAAGCAUGUAUAUAUGUGCCACCGAAAAAGUUUGUCUCCGUUACAUAGUUUUCGAGGAAAGAAUAAUUGGUUUGAUGGUAAAGCAGAGCAUGAAACAAAGGGAAGGAUACUCACGGGUAGAAAUAUUUCCUUACUACUGAGAAACUACAAGAAUGAUUUUGGUAAUAGAAAAGAUACUGGGAAAAAGAGAUCUAGAGCUGGUUGUGACAUACCAUCUGAUAACGAAGAUGAAUACAGUGCAUCUGAUGAUGAAGAAGAAGACUUAGCAGAAAAAUAUGAAGAGGAGUUAUCUAGAUGGAAGAAAAGAUCAAUAUUCUUCACAAUGCCUUAUUGGGAGGAAUCUAGGAAGGACCUCGAAACUCUUGGUAUCAAGAAUGAUUUGCAUCCAAAAGCUCACGGUAAAAGGACACUACUUCCCGCAGAGGAGUGUAAAGUGAUGGGACUCAAAUCUCAUGAUUACCACGUCCUGAUGCAACAACUGCUACCAGUUGCUGUUAGAGUUUUACUACCUAAGGGUCCUAGAAUAGCCAUUUUCCGCAUAUGCGCAUUCUUCAACUGUGUGCAUCUAGGAAGAGAAGCCCGACUAGCUGGUCCUAUCCAUUUCCGAUGGAUGUAUCCAUUUGAGAGAUACAUGAAAGUAUUGAAAGACUAUGUUAGAAACCCAGCAAGACCAGAGGGGUGUAUAGCUGAGUCCUAUCUUGCAGAAGAAUGCAUGAAGUUCAGCUCUGAUUUCUUGAAGACGACAACAAAUGUAGAAGAAAAAGAGGAGAGGAACACUGAGUAUGAGAGCCACUCCAUCCUAGAAGGUCGUCCUAUAUCAGCUGGGACCUCAUUCAAUCUCACUGAUAUGGAUAGAAAAAUAGCCCACCUUGCUGUAAUCCAGAACACGACUAUGGUGGAACCUUACAUUGACAUCUACAAGACUCAUAUGGUAGAUGUAGACGUGAUGCAAGUUAUUUAUGGAGACGAGACACUUAAGUGGUUGGCUUAUGGUCCACGUAGUAUAGCCAGAUCUUAUACAGGCUACAUUGUGAAUGGCAUGCAGUUUCAUACAAAGUCAAUGCAUAGGCUAAGUCAGAAUAGUGGGGUUUACUAUGAGGCAACAGCAAUGUGUAGACCUAGUGCAAGGGACACAGCACAACUGGUAGAUGUUGUAUCAUACUAUGGCAGAAUAGUUGAUAUUAUCUUGUUAGACUACAAUGUCUUCUACGUCCCAAUAUUCCGGUGUCAUUUGGAUGUUAAAGGUAACAAUGUUAAGGUAGAAGAUGGCUUUACGCUGAUUAAUAUGAAUCAGAGCCAAAUGUCAUUUGCAAAAGACCCAUUCAUUUUAGCCUCUCACGCGAGACAAAUAUUUUAUUCUAGGGAGAAUGAUGAAUCUAGUUGGUUUGUAGUUUUGAAAGGUCCAUCUAGAAGAUACAGUGAUGAGAAUGAGGAAGAUGGAUGGAUUGCGAUGGGGGGUAAGGGAAAAAAGGGUGCAAGGAAAAGGAAGACCAACGUAGAAGAAGAAGACCCUGAAUUCGUUGGCACCAUAUAUCCACAUGACACGCAGCCUCAAGACACACAGUUUGAUGAACCACAACCUCAGACUGUUCUCGAUAGCCAUAUGGUUGGGUCUGAAGCUGCUAAGGACGAUACAUAA